AUGCCUACUCCAAAGCCAUCAACACCAAACUUUGAAUUAGAAUUCAUAAAUGAUAUAAUACGAAUAGUUAGUAGUGUCAAUAUACACUUCCAUACAGCUACAUGCUUUAAAUAUUCGAAAACAAAUGACAAUCCGAUAUGCCGCUUGAAAAUGCCUCGACAGAUCGAAGAAGAAUCAUAUAUCAACAUUGAAUCAGGUCAAAUUAAACUGAAAAGACUUCACCAAACUAUAAAUAAUUUUAAUGAAUAUAUUAUCAGCGCUUGUCGAUCAAACAUGGACAUAAAGUAUAUCUUUAGUGGUAGCGAUGCUAAAGCAUUGGUCUAUUACAUAACCGAUUACGUGACAAAGUCAAGCCUUUCAUUUCACGAUACAUUUUCUCUCGUAUUAAAAGCUGUUAAGUCCUUCGAAAAACAGAAACUUGGUACUGAUGCAUCUCUAAAUGCCGAAGAAAAAUCAAGAAGACUUGUUCUGCGCUGUUAUAAUACUCUUGCUUCACAACAAGAGUUAUCAGGGGUACAAGUAGCUUCGUAUCUCAUGGGCUGGCCUGAUCAUUACACUACUCAUGAGUUUGCUAAUUUGUAUCUUAUUGGUAUUGAGAAUUAUUUACAGGCAGCAUUAAUAGAGGCGAGAUCUGAACAUCAAAAUCAGACAAAAAUUCUCGAUAUUUUUCUUAUCAUUAAUGCAGUGAUACCUCUUUAUUUAACAGAUACGACGGAUACAGAAACUGAAGAAAAUUGUGUAGAAACUGAAGAACAAUUCUUACUUCAACCUGACGAGACAAAGACAAAAUAUGUAUAUGUGAAUACUCGAGUAGACUACCAAUAUCGUUCGGCAUCCCUUGAUGAUAUGUGCUUGUACGAUUACAUCAGCUUUUAUCGUAAAAAGCUUAUUGAUACAAAAGAUCGAAAACAAUUAGAAAUUCAAUCAACAAUAGAAAAAAGAGAAAUAAAAACUCCACGUCGCGGACGUCCGGUUUCCGAAAGAGAAAGUUUUCGAGAUGGACAUCCACAAGUUUCAUCUCAUAUCAAUAUAAAACGUGCAAAACCAAUCGUUCCUGUUUUACUUGGACCAGCAAUACCUCGUAGGGAUCGGGACGAUACGAAAGAACGAUAUUAUCGAUCGAUUCUCACUCUAUUUUUUCCCUGGCGUUCAGUUCAAGAUGUAUGUGAUGCAGAUCAAUCAUGGGAGCAAGCAUUUCAGAUUCGAAAUGAAAAAAUUACACCUGAAUCGCGCAGAAUUAUUGAUAAUAUUCAGUUGUUGCAAGAGUGUAAAAGUGACAGAGAUGAACAUUUACAGCAGGUGAUAGAAGCUGCACAGACAGGAGUAGUGAACACUCCGGUUUAUUCUACUCGGGAUGAUAGUGACAGUGAUGAUGAGAAUAUUGAAAUCCUCGAUAUGUUGGAAGAUAUAGAUAUCUCUGAUAUACCAUCUAUAAAAGAUCCAGGGGGAAAAGCAGAGCAUAUAUAUUUUGAAAAAGUUCUGCGAGCUGUCGAUCAAGCCAAUCGAUUUACUAAUCUUCAUCGCACAAACUCAAGGAAAUCAUUAACAUACGUCACUAAUCAGAGUAAUCAUGCCAAUGUAGAUCAAAGAUUUCUAAUUCCAGCUACUACAGAACUCAUUCUAUUAAAUAAUAAAUGGCAACGUCAGAUCAAAAAUGAAAAGGAACGAAAACGAAAUGCUUCUAUGAUUGCAAAUUUGGAAUCUAAUAUCAGAGAACAGAAUGAUAUUGAUGAAAAUGAAACGUUUGGAGCUUACGAUACUGGCAUAUUACUAAAUUCUGAUAAUAAUGACGAACUUUUAAAUUCUAUGUACACCUUGCCGGUAACAAAAACUACUAUACCUAGUGAGACAAGUCGAAAGGAUAUCGCACAAAAAUUCACACUUAAUAAGAACCAAAAAGCUGCGUUCAUGAUUGUUACGGGUCAUUUAGAUGGAAUGGAUAGAAGAAAUACAGGUUGCAUCGAUGAACUAGAUAGUAAAAAGUUUCUAAAUUAUCGCAUCAUUCAUAUGUCUAUAGAUGAUAAACAAGAUCAAUUAAUCAUGUGUGUACCCGGUUGUGGUGGUACCGGUAAAUCUCAACUAAUACGUGCAAUAACUGCAUAUUUCACUGAGACGGAUCGUACGCAUAAACUUCGGAAACUUGCUCCAACAUCUGUUGCUGCCGCAGAAAUAGAAGGCAUGACCAUCCAUUCAUUUCUGGGAGAUGGACGGAAUCGAAAAGCUAAAUCGAAAACAAUGAAUCGACCUGGACAAAUAACCCUUGAAAACACUUGGCGCUUUGUGGAGUACCUUAUUUUGGAUGAGAUGUCAAUGGUUGGGCUUAGUUUGUUAGCUCGACUAAAUAAGUUGGUUGCCACGGCAAAACAUUGUGAUCCUAUGGUAGCGAUGGGUGGCAUUAACAUAAUUUUUUUCGGCGACUAUAUUCAAUAUUCACCUGUUUUCGAUAAACCUCUUUAUCAUGAUUUUGGUCAAAUAAUGGAUAGUGAUAGGAAUAAUAAUGUUAAACCAUCGACUGAGAAUGAUAUUCAACAAAAAAGUGCUCGUGCACUAAUUUUGCAGAUCAAUUGUGUUGUUGUACUUGAACAACAAAUGAGAACAAAAGAUUUAGCUUAUCAAGCGUUACUAAAUAGAGUACGGAAAGGAGAAGGCACACGUGAAGAUUGGCUUUUACUGCGAACGCGCGUUAUUGAACUAAACAAUCGAGCGGUCAUAAACAAAGCAUAUGAGAUAGGUCGAUCACCAACUGUUUUAAUUGCUACAGAUACCAUUAAAGCCAAAAAACAUAUCGAUAUUCCUGAUCUGACAAAACGAUUGCUUGCUUUGCCUGAUAACAAAACAGAGCAUCUAUCUGGCUACCUUCCUCUCGUAUCCGGUAUGCCCGUACUCUUGCAGGAAAACAUUGCUUGCGAGCUUGGCCUAUCGAAUGGAACUCAAGGCAUCUUUCGAGAAUUGGUUUAUAACGAAGAAACGCAAGAGAGUACACAUUUCGAUGAAGGAAUCUUUACCGAUGAUACCAUUUUUGUGCGUAAUGCUCAAUACGCGUUGAUAGAAAUACCAAAAGCAAAAGUGAAUAAGUUAGAAUUACUUGAUCCUCUUAUCAUUCCUAUCCCGGUAAUAGAUAAGACCUUCGAGAUUAACCUCGAAAAACUCUAUGCAGAUAAGGGACCAGUGAUCAAAAUGUUGAACAAAAAGAAACUUAAAAGUACUAUCAGCGUGAAAAGAAGAGGUUUACCAAUAGUACCAGCAUAUUCUAUUACUACUCAUAAAAGUCAGGGACAAACAUUACCAAAAAUAGUCAUUGAUUUGAAUAUGCCACCUGGCAUUAUUGAAGUUGCAUCGGCUUACGUACCACUUUCACGAGUACAACAGCUUACAGAUUUAGUUAUUUUACAAGAUUUUAAUAUCACUGCGUUGCAAGUAAAACCAUCUAAAAGGCAAACAGCUGAAAUAAAUAGAUUAGCCACCAUUUUCGAAGAAACAAAACGUCGCUAUUCUGAAUAUUUUACAUAA